CUUGAUCAAUUAAAAGUAGAGUGAAAUACAACCAUGAAGUUAUCGGUGAUAUUCCUGAUGGUUGGGUCUAUACUCCUGGUAGAGGCAGAGCUGAUGACACCUAAACAGAGGCUACGGUGCGAACAGUUCAUCAGUAUCUUCGAGAACGACACCAUUGAAAUCCAAUACGCGUUUGUGAUGGAUGUUCACGACGGCCGGGGCUAUACGUGCGGUAAGUUUGGCUUCACUACCUGUACGGGCGAUGCCUACGAUCUGAUUAAGAAAUAUACGGCCAAAAAGCCGGCCAACCCUUUGGCCCCAUUCCUGCCUGAGUUGGAACGACUCGCCCGUGAGUUCAGUAACGAUACGUCAGGUUUGGGCGGUUAUCCCGAGGCGUGGAAAACGGCCGCAAAGGACCAGUUGUUUAGAGACACUCAGGACGAGGUCAGCGCCGGUAUGUCUUACUAG